AUGGCUUCGCAAUCGGUCGUCCCUCCUGGGGUGCUGAACAGCAUCACAGAACACAUCGGAAACACGCCACUUGUCCGAUUGAAUCGCCUACCACAGAGCUUCGGCAUUGAAGCCACUGUUUAUGCAAAACUCGAAUACUUCAAUGCCGGCGGCAGUGUCAAAGAUCGUAUUGCUCUCCGCAUGAUCGAGGAGGCCGAGAAGUCGGGCAGGAUAAAACCCGGAGAUACAUUGAUUGAACCUACAAGUGGCAACACUGGUAUUGGUCUGGCGCUUGUGGCAGCAGUCAAAGGAUACAAAACCAUCAUCACCCUCCCCGAGAAAAUGUCCGCCGAGAAAGUCUCCGUACUCAAAGCUCUCAAUGCCAACAUCAUCCGUACUCCCACACAAGCCGCAUACGACUCUCCCGAAUCCCACAUCGGAGUUGCGAAGCGCCUCGAGAAAGAACUCCCCAACGCGCAUAUUCUCGACCAAUACAGCAACGUGAAUAAUCCACUAGCGCAUGAACUCGGUACCGCGCAAGAAAUCUGGGCUCAAACAGAGGGCAAGAUCACGGCGGUUGUCGGCGGUGCCGGUACUGGAGGUACCAUCACCGGUAUAUCAAAGGGCUUGAAGAAACAGAAUUCCGCAGUCAAGGUCAUUGCUGCGGAUCCACAAGGCUCGAUUCUCGCGCUUCCUGCAUCGCUGAAUGUUGAGCAUGAGAAUGAGCCGUACAAAGUCGAGGGUAUUGGUUAUGACUUUAUUCCUCAAGUCCUCGAUCAGUCUGCGGUUGACAAAUGGUAUAAGACGGAUGAUAAAGAGUCUUUCCAGUACGCUCGACGAUUGAUCGCCGAGGAGGGUCUUUUGGUCGGAGGAAGCAGUGGAAGCGCCAUCGCUGCGCUUGUCAAAGCACACCAGGAUAAUCAAAUCUCCAAGGAUGAUGUCGUAGUGGUUAUCUGCCCGGACAGUAUUCGUAGCUAUCUCACCAAGUUUGCCGAUGACGACUGGCUAGCUGCCAAUGAUCUACUUCCUACUGUGCCAUCCGAACUCUCAACUACCACAUCCGAAACACCUAUAACUCGCGAACAAAAGGACGUCUUCGCCAACGGCAAGGUCAGCUCUUUGAGACUCAAACCCGUGACUACAGUCCGAGCGAAUGACACCUGCCAAGCUGCAAUCGAACUCAUGCGCGAGAAAGGUUUCGACCAACUCCCUGUUCUCACCGCUGAUGGCAAGAAACUCGCGGGCCUCGUCACAUUGGGUAAUGUCUUGAGCUGGAUUUCCCGCGGCCGCGCUGCAGGCAAGAGCCCCGUUUCAGAGGUCAUGUUUGACUUCUCAAAAAUACCGGAAGUCGUCACCGAUUCUAGAUCGUUGCAGGCUGCCUCCAACAAGACAGACGGUCAGGCUGCCCAAACUAAGAAUCGCAAUAAAUUCUUUGAGAUUACCUGGGAUACAUCUCUCAGCGUACUCAACCGAUUUUUUGAAUGGAAUAGUGCGGCGAUUGUGACUGAGCGUGACGAGCAGGGAACGAUCAAGCCUGUUGCAGUCGCGACCAAGGUUGAUUUGCUUACCUGGUUGUUGCAUCAGAGCAAUACCAAAGCCUAG